AUGGCCAGUUACAAGCACGAUGUGUCCGUGGCCGUUGCGUGGGGAUUCUCGGCGCGCGUCGCUCUCUUCGUCAUCGUCUACUUGCAGCUCGUCGUUGGGCUCAUCUACUUCGCUCUCCUCGGUCUCAUCCUCUUUAGCUUUACGGACAUCCAAACGCGCAUCACGCAAACCACGGCUCCGCGCGCUUACGGCGCCAUCUUCUUCGCCAUUGCGGCACUCUACCUUUUCUCGAUGGUGCCUUGUCGCUUGACCACGCGCAAGGACAGCGUGCAGCCGUUACCGACACCCUCUCGCUUUCACAUGCCGCUGCGGCUCCUGCUGGGCCUCGGCCACUCGGGAUCGCUGGUGUGCGAGGCCUUCUUCGCCUUCGUCAUGGCCAAGACGCUCACAGACUACCGCGUCGCGUGGGCAUACAGCUUCUGCCUCGUGCUGCACGGCAUCACGAUCGCGUCCUUGCUGUCGCGUGAGGGCAUGUCUCGCCCACAGCUCGUCGUCGUCGGCCUCGUUGACUCACUCUUUGCGUGCGGGCUUUCCGUCGGCUUCCCGCUCUGUCAAGUCGUGCUCCCGCUGGUGCACUUCCUCCUCUUCACCAACCAGAGCCAAGGCCACGACUUCAACUGGUACGCCAACUACUUGACGUCUGUGCGCCUACUCUUUGCGACGUCGCCGCUCAAGGCCAUCACGGCCAUCUGUCCCAGCAUCGUCGUCUGCAGUACACUGCGCGGCGCUCUGGACGUCGCCCGCCCCGGCAGUAUGAUUCACAUGCAGCCCAUCACGGACCAGAAGCCUCGUCCGACACGCAUCCUCCGGCGUCUCCUGCUGUUCAACGGCCUUGUCUGCGUCGGUGUCUCGGCGGCGACGUUGCACGCGGUGCUGCGGGCAAGCCCAUGUCCGAGCCACUGCCGGUACGAGACAAAGCCGUGGUUUGCUCAACUGCCAUGA